AUGAAAAGUCAGGAAAUAAGAAAAAUACUAGGUGCAGGUGCAGCACUUCUUUCUUUUUUCACAGGGUGCAGAGGAAGCAGUGGCAAUUUCAAUGAAAAGGACCUAGGCAGGUUGGCGUCUGCGGGCGUAAAAAGAAGCACAAGCGAAAUGAGUAACACACAUACCUACUAUACUUUGCAGCCAGUAUCGGGGAACACGAGAGAACAGCAAGGAGGUGCCCUGCUGGAAAACCCACAUAAUCUAUAUCAGACUGAAGAGAUCGGAAAUGGAGUAGAAGCGGAAGACGCAGCAGACGAAGACGAGCUGUCUUUGCAGCCUCCUAUACCAAAGAGAAAAAGAAAAGGCAUAGAAGAGCUCAACAGUAAGAUGUGGGGCGAUAUCAGACUGACAAAUCUAAAGAGAAGGGGCAGCAAGGUGAACAGCACGUCAAUAUGCGACCACAGAAACCUAAAUAAGAAUCUCAGCCUGCAGGUCACUAACGAAACAUACGAGAAAAGCCUCAGAAAAGACAUUGAGGCCUUUUUCACACACUUUGCCUCGUCAAUAGAUAAGAGUGCUCUGUGGUACUUCAUCGGAAGCAGGACCACAAACAUUAUCACAAAGCACAAAGAUCUUUUUGGGCUGAAUAUGAUCAUUAGGGAAAAAAAGACUGAUAGAUGCAGGCAGAUCCUGGAGAGCCUGCAGGGGUACUAUCCCAGGGUGUUCGACGACUUGCUCAGGUAUGUAGAAGCGCACCAGCCUAUGCGAAUUAGCAGAGAUGACCCUCCAACUGAGUGGAAAGAGAGGAUAGGGGACGUCUACAUGCGCAACUACUACGAUAUAAACUACAGAAUGCUGGAAAAUCAGAAAAGCAUUCACAAGAUAGACAGCCAGUACUCUGCUGUAGCAUACGCAGCAUGCAUGGUCCUAGCACUGCCUGAGGUCUUCGAGGACUUCUACAACAUCAAUGCAGAGUUUAUAAAAAGAACUAGACUCUCUGCAGAUGCCGUUAUAAACGAGCAGCACCAGCAGGUUCUUUUGAAAAUACACAGACUAGCACACAUGUGCGCCAAAGAGAAAAUAAACGACCGCGUGUAUGAAGAGCUCUACAGCGCUCUUGAAAGUGCGUACGGGGAGGGAAGCCUGGAAGAGCUAGCAGUUGCUGAGGUGUACAGGAAAAUGUAUGCAGUUCUUGGCAACUUCUACGAAAAAGUGGAGGUGAUCGAUGAAAAUGACUAUAUUCUCACAGGAAAGUGCAUAGUAGAAAACAAAAGCCACACGAGAUGCGAAGUAACAGCGGAUACAAAAAGAAGAGGCUUGCCCAAAAGAGUUUUAAGCUCAGAUUAUUCGCCAGAAGAGAACAGGUGGAGCAUUUCACUCGAUGUGCAUAGGCACUACCACGUGUACUAUAUGGACGGCCUGAUACACCAGCCCAAAAUGCUGUGCAUGCCCAUACACAAAGAAAAAGGCAGCGAAGAAGAGCACUACCUGCACACGCUCAACGACAUAGCAAAGCACAUAGAGGAGCUGUACAAGAUAGACGAAUACCUGUACGAUGUGCACCCGUUCAAGACAAAAAAAGGGUCUCGAAAGUGGUCGCACAUCGGGAAGCAGGAGAGAGACAAAACAAUGAAAGACCUGGAGGAGUACGAGGUGGUGUUCUAUCUCAUUGAGAAGGGCAUGGAGGCCGCAGGGUUUACGUUUGCAAAGUUCUGGCCUCUGCACCCCCUUGACGAAGACAGCAUAUGCAUCCCUCUGUUCCUCACUCCGCUAGUGCAGAAUGCGAUAAAUCUUGGGCCUUUUAGCAUGGAGGAAAAGCACGAGGUUUUGCACUCACUGGAGUUUGAGAACAAAGUGCCAAGUGUGUAUAAGUAUGAAGAGAAGUACAAAAAAAAUAUAUUCUCAGAUAUGCACAACUACUACAGCAACCUGUACAUACUGCCUGACGGGGAGAAGAAAGAGAGUCUCGACUGCUACAUCAUGGACUGCAAGACUGCAAGACAGGCAGACGGCACAGUCAAGGCUGUGUGGUAUGCGAAAAUACCAAGCAGCAUGGACGAGUACUCUCACUGCGUGCUUGAUAAAAGCUUUACAAAAGAAGAAAACGCAGAAAAGUUCAGUGAUUUUAUCGCGGCUCUAGAGUCCAGAGAGUACAACAAAGACAGCAAUUUGCAGGGCUUUUGGGUGGGCGGCAAGGGCUAUAAGCCAGAGAGUGAGCUAUUUGUUAAAAAACAGAGGAUAUUCAGCUGGACAAUAUACUGCCAGAAUAAAGACAAGGCCAUCAAGGAAAGCCUGCACAAAGUCUAUUUAGAUGUGCAUACUGCCAGAAAAAAGCUAGAAAACGCAGAAGAGAGACAGACAAGCUUGGGGCGUAAAGAAAAAACAGACUCGAAGAAGGUGCAGCUGGAAAAGAAUGCAGCAUGCGUUGCAAAACUCUCUGCGCGAAAAGGUCUAGAAAAGGCGCUUCAAAAGCUGUACAGAAAGCUAUCUAAAAAGCCAAGCAUACAAUCAGAGCUUAUAGUUUUUCGAAAUGUAAACAAGAGCAGGUCCAACCUGACCUUCCACAACGAGAUUCUUGAUCUGUUUAUCCACAGAUACAACCGCAAAAAGGGCAACAGCAGCGAAUAA